CAAAGGAAUUGGUUUGAGUGACCAAUCAGGGUCUGAGAAGGCUGGGCAGAGUUGGGUUUGAUUCAGCCUCGUAUGUCGCCGUAGACGCUCGGCUGAAACGGCCCUCUUUUAAAGUUCCUGGGGGCGAAGAGUGGAGCGACCUGGACAAAGCAGGAGAAAACCGGGCCAAGAUUUACCUUGUUAAUAAAUAACUCAUCGUUUUCCGUGCCGGGAGGGCAGAUACCCCUCUAGAGAAGAGAGGUGCGACGCAAAAAACCGAGGUCUCACUUCCCGAUAACGUCAGAAAAUUCAGAAAAUGGCGGAGCCGGACAAAUUAAACAUCGACUCUAUAAUUCAACGUCUUUUGGAAGUGAAGGGCUCCAGGCCGGGGAAGAACGUCCAGCUGACGGAGAACGAGAUCCGUGGCCUUUGCCUCAAGUCCAGGGAAAUCUUCCUGAGUCAGCCAAUCCUGCUCGAAUUAGAGGCUCCUUUAAAAAUAUGUGGCGAUGUCCAUGGUCAGUACUACGACCUGCUCCGACUCUUUGAAUACGGAGGCUUCCCUCCAGAGAGCAACUACCUGUUUCUGGGCGACUACGUGGACAGAGGGAAGCAGUCGCUGGAGACCAUCUGUCUGCUUCUAGCCUAUAAGAUCAAAUACCCCGAGAACUUUUUCCUGCUGCGCGGAAACCACGAGUGCGCCUCCAUUAACCGAAUCUACGGCUUUUAUGAUGAGUGUAAGCGACGGUAUAACAUCAAGCUGUGGAAAACCUUCACAGACUGCUUCAACUGUUUACCGGUGGCUGCUAUUGUAGAUGAGAAAAUAUUCUGCUGUCAUGGAGGUUUGUCUCCGGACCUGCAGUCGAUGGAGCAGAUCCGCAGAGUCAUGCGGCCCACAGACGUUCCGGACCAAGGCUUGCUGUGCGACCUGCUGUGGGCCGACCCGGACAAAGACGUGCUGGGCUGGGGCGAGAACGACCGCGGCGUCUCCUUCACAUUUGGGGCGGAUGUGGUGGCCAAAUUUUUGCACAAACAUGACAUGGACCUAAUAUGCAGGGCACAUCAGGUGGUUGAAGACGGUUAUGAGUUUUUCGCAAAGAGGCAACUCGUCACUCUUUUCUCAGCUCCCAACUACUGUGGAGAGUUUGACAACGCUGGUGCCAUGAUGAGUGUGGAUGAGACGCUCAUGUGCUCCUUCCAGAUUUUGAAGCCAGCAGAUAAGAAAUUGUAUCCUUACGGCGGCGGAGGAGGAGGUGUGGGACUGGGAAGACCCGUCACUCCUCCACGGAACGCAGCAAAGGCCGGCAAGGCCAAGAAAUAACACGCGCUGACUUCCUCUUCCUACGAUUCACCACCCUUCGUCGUUCCAACACCUUUUUUUUAAAUCUUUUCUUCCUUCCUCUCUACCUCCCAAACUUGUCCCCUUCGUCGGCACUGAACAGCAACAAUGACAACCAGGGUUCAGUCGGGUUUUUCUUUCUGAAUGAAACACUUUUUGAACGUUUAUUUUGCUUUUUGUGUUGUAUUUGUGUGGAUAUGUGAGCGAAUGAUCCAGAGAAAGUUGCUGUACUCACCGUGUACUUUUCCCACCUUUCAUGUUCCUGUUUUCCUGUUUUUUAUGUAAAGAGUUGUGUUUGCCUGUUUAUCAUGUAAAUCAUACCUGGCUGCAGGGCAGAGUGGAUGGGGGCCAUGAAGAAGAGAGCUUUGGCUGUUUAUGUUGAGGUCUGGCACUGUUUAAUGCUAAACGUGAGCUUUUGUACAUUAGCUGGGAGGGAAAGGGGUGGAGAUCACAGGUGGGUAUAAGGUGAAUUCACUAGAUUUAUUUUUCUUCUUCCAUUUUCAGAACCAAUCAUGUGAGAUCACGAUCAUUGAUGUGAUAUAGAGGCUUGUUUUUGUAGAUAACUGACACCGGAAUGGCUUUUAUUUUAUUUUUAUUUUUUUCUCUCUUCUUGUUUUUAGUUCACUCGAAGCUAAAGAUGAAUAAAAGUAACCUUUAAUUUGAAGUACGUCAUCAUGCACAUCACUUAUUUGUCAGCUGCUGCUUUUCAUUUGUCCUGACAUUUAAACAAAAAAAUAUCUUGAGACUUAAAAUAUCUGAAAAUUAUGAUUAUUUUUUGCUCUGGAUUCUGAACAAGUUUUGACUAGAGCUGGGCGAUAUGGCUUAAAAAUAAUUUUAAAAUUGAUUUUAGAUUUUAAUCAAUUUCUUUUCUAACUUCCCUUUCUAAAAAAUUAAUUAUAAAUGACAAAAUAUUUUCAAAAAGUUGCUUUUAUUUAAAACAUACCAAUCAGGGUCAAGCUACGCCAAUGUUUAAUUACAAGGAUAUAGGCAUAAUAUUAGCAGAAAAAGAUGGAAUUUGACCAGAAAAAAAACAUCUUAAAUUUAUCAGGGGAAAAAACUUGUUUAAAAAAUAUUUUAAAAGAUUAUCAAGAUUCUUAGUUGGUUUUCUUCAAAAUAGUAGUUUGCAUGAACGUUUCAAAAAUUACUGAUUGCAGCCUGGCUCUAGUGCUCCAUUUGUAAAGUUGACCUGAAUUCAAAGUCCAAAUAAAAUGCUUUAACAUACUCUUAACAAGAUGGCUGCUGAAGGAGUGAAUUGGUGGAAAAGAAAUGCAGAUUUUCCACAAAUUAAACCAUUAAAAUAAAACCCAUUUAUCGCCCAGCCCUAGUUAAUCUAUAAUUUUAUAGAUUUUGGAUAAUUUUUGCUUUGGUUUGGGGUUUUCUUGUUAUUUAUGUUGUCAUCAAAUCCAAAGCGUAAUCAGAACAUCUCGCCCAAACAAGCACAACUCCACAUUAAACUGGGAACGUGAGGCGUUUAUGAGUCCUUUAAACUUUUCAGCGUGAGUGAAAUAUUAUAUAUUUAACAUAAAUGUGUAGGCUUAUUCUAGCUUAAAGUUAACCUUGUUAAAAAGCUGCCUCUUCUACCCUUUGCCUCGUAUUGAGGGCCUUUAAAUUUUACCCAGGUGCUAAUGUUCGCCCUAACGUAUGUAAUGCGCGAGUUCGAAGCAAUGAAGCUUACCGGAAAUGACGUGCGCUUUAGAGUAUCCUUUACUUCGAAAAGAGAAGUGUCCAGCCAAACAAAAUGGUUAUGGAAGUGUGGCUAACACGGACUGAACGGCUUUUUUCACUUCCUUCCGCUGCUAAAACUACAGUCAGACUACAUGUCUAACACGGCGCAGAAAAUGACGUCAUAGUUCGACUUUGGGCUUGCUAGGCUAGCUUAAAGUUACAAGCAAAGCAAGCGCUUCUUAAUUUUUUAGCUUUUAAAAACGUGUCUGCGCUUGUUUUAAAAAUAAUAAUCGUAACUUAAAAAAAAAAAACCAUAGAAAAUGACUGAAUGCUUCUGACUGCGUUCCCAGUUUCGUGUGUCCUAACUGUGGGAAAAGAGCCAUAAAAAGAAUAAAAUUUCAUGUAAAAUUGUUCCAAUCAACUGUGAGCCCUGGAUAUUAUGGGGUAGCGUUUCUAAAGUUACACAGUAAAAAAUUAACAGCAGUAAUUUGGUUUAGUUAGCCAAAUUACUGUGGAUGUUAAUUUUUUUAAAGUUAUAUUUUCACCAUGUUAUUUAAACAUUUAUAAAUUUACUUAUUUCAUCAACUAAUAUAUAACUUAGACAUUAAAUAUUUAGUUGCCAAUGUAAAUAUUUAGCUCAGAAAAUAAAUAUUUAGUUUGAAAGCAAAAUAUCUAGCUUAAAUUUAAACAUUUAGUUGGGAACUAAAUAUUUAGCUUCCUAUAUUAUUUACUUUACAAGCUAAAUAUUUGUUUUUAUCUAAAUAUUCUUAAUUAUUCCUUAUAAAUCCAGAAUAAGACUGUGAAAAAAUGACUUGAACAUCUGCAUUUUUUUCUCUGACAGGCUAAAUAUAUCUAAUUAUUGGUGUUAAUUUUUUCACUGUGUAACUUUACAAACGGCAUUCUGUACAAUAUUCCUAAUAUUUAGUUGUUUGUUUUUACGCUUUGCGUUUAUUUAACUAUACAGGGUGUUUCUGGUUUAAAAAAAAUCAAUAAAAACUGAAAAAGCAGGAUGCUGUAACUGUUAAAUAUUCCUCUCUGUGGAGCUUCAGGGUAAUCUCACAGCCCACUUCCACCAGCCUCACCGCUUUCUGUUCAAAGCUGUUCAAAUAUAAACCUGCAGCUCUCUGUAACAGCAGGGCAAUAAGAACGGAAGAUGGACAAAAUGGACUUUAAAUAUUUCCUUUUGUGCAUUCUUUUAGUUAAUUUUACAUUCUGCAUGGUUUUGAUAUAUUACAACCCCUUGUUUUGUGCCUGAGAGGUCACCAGACUUCAGUUUGUGCACAUGUUCAAUUUGCAUCCAGGAACAGCUCAGGAAGUGAAAUUUAGAUAAUAGACAGGGAAUCCAAACCUGAAGAGGAACUGCAGGAAAAAUUGGUCCAAUUUGGUUAAUUUUAAAACAAUCUGACUACAGUAUUGGUAAAAUUCAGUGAUUUGUUGUGCAGAAAGCUGUUUAUUCUGAUCUGUAAAGUUUCUUUUGUGUAAAUGAAAGUUAGAUAAAAACAAAACAAACGUUUUUAUGAGACCUGCAGAACUUUAUGUCCAUUUUCAUCUUUGUUUUCAUGGCUGUACAAACCACAGCUUCGAACAUCUUUCACCUUUUCCUUUCUGUUUUUGCUUCUCACCACCAGUAAACUCAAAUAUCUUAUUUUCUGUAACAUGUAAGCUUAGGUAACUGAAGCUGAUCAGUGUAGGAUCUUUUUAAUCAAUCAGGGAUGUUUUUGCACCAUGCACUGUUGCUGGGUAGUUUUAGAUCCAUUACAUUAAAGUUAUUAUAACUAAGAUUAGAUAAGAAAAUUACUAUUAAUGGUAUUUUUAUUUGUAAAUCUUUUUGUUUUCAUCUCUGUUUCAAGGUAGAAAUAAAUAUAGAGUUUGUAUA